UCCCCUGGUGUAUGGACAGGCUAUCAGACACCACGGAGGCUUCGAUGUAGAUGCAAUGUGAAGAUGGGAUUAUUAUCACUUGUCAUUUAUUCAGUAAAGUAACUGCAGUUUAUGAAUAUACUAUGCCUGUCUUAUGUAGCCUAUAGAAUAUACAUAUAUUUCUGAGAGACAAUACGUUCAAUGGGGAUGUCUGGCGCAGCCUAUGGACCAUUAUGAUUAGAAUAUUGGACUUGGAUUGGAUUGAUGUGUACUAUGUACCAUGUUCCUUUUCAUUCUCUUAUUAUUUCAGUCUGAUUAAAAUUAUGGACCGAAUAUUUGACUAGGCAUCUUGCCACAAGGAAAUGUGACAUAUCAGCAUUUGGUUUUUUUUGACUGAAAUUUUGAAAGGUAACGGCGGAAUGAUCACGAGCGACUGUCUAGAAACACCUCUCCAGCAACAUUAUUUUGUUAAACAUUUUUAAGAUAAUAUUAUUUUUGCUUUGCUCUAUUGCGCAGGCGUGCUGGCCGGGACGCUGUCACCACGCUUCGCUACAUUAUUGCGUGAUUUAGCCUGUAUGGGAGGAAAGUGAAGAAAACAGAACAUUAACAUGCAUAGGCAAAGUGGUCUGACGGCAGCGGAAGGAUUUACUUGUGAUCCUUAAAAAUACAUUGUGCCAACGAAGAAUGUCAGGGACAUCAAAUGUAGAAUCUGCUGAAGGAGUAGUCUCCAAAGUUAAAGUCAAGAAGCAGAUCAAGACUAUCGUGAAGGAUUUGGAGACCAUACUGGGAGACUUGAGGGAUGUAGCCAAGGAACUCAAAGAGGUUGUGCAUGAGAUCGACUCCCUCACGUGUGACCUACAGCUGGAGGAGGAGAUGACAGACAGUUCCAAGACAGACACCCUGAACAGCAGCUCUAGCAGCACCACCACCACCACCACAACCUCCAGCAUCGACAAGAUCAAGAUCGCCAUCUUUAGGCCCCCGUCUGUCAGCCACGCCAUCCUGACCGUGAUGAAGAAGCCCCACCCUCCGCUGCCCCCUCCCAGGCUGACACCUAUCAAAGCAGAGGAGCAUAACAAGAACCCACUAUCAGGGAGCCUACUAGCCAAGGCUAACGGGACUCUUAUGCGUAAUGGUGUUUUCCCAGGGAAGCCAAACAGAGACUUAUCGUGCUGCAUCUCUAAAAGUACAAAGGAAGAGAGAGGACUUAUGCCAAUGCCUUUGCUACGGCAUGAAAAGACCAAAUGCCCCCAGGCAACCCGGGAGAGGGUCCGAUUCAGUGAAAAGGUCCAGUAUCACGGGUACUGCCCUGACUGUGACCUGCAAUAUGACGUUGACAACACAGAUAUGCACUUACAGCCAGAAUUUACUGAUGACAUGAGCCCUGUCCAUCAGUGUUCCUCCUCCUCACCACCAUCCCAGCUCAUGUUAGAAAAUGGCGGCCUCAGUGUCAGCCAUAGUUUCCCUCCUACAAAAAUGCCUUGUGUGCCUCAUUCUAACCCUUCCCUGAAACCACAGAAAACCAUCCUUCGAAAAUCAACCACCACAACGGUUUGAUGUUAAUCACCCUUAAUUUAAAUAUUUCUAAAUAAUUUAUAGUGUUUUCUAUUUCAUGAGCACUUUCUACUCGAUUCAAACGUGGAUUAUCUAAACGAUGAGGAAAAAAGAGCGCUAGAAGACGUGGCCAUGAGCUCAGAAAUGCACAAGGAGAGAAUGAACGGUGAGGUCCUUCUGGGUAAAAGUGGAAACAGCCUUUACUGACAUGAAACGGAUCAAUUUUGGUUCAUCAUACAGUCACUGAGAACGAGGCUCCCUACCUUUGACAGAAUACCAGAUCCUCUGAGCCAAGGCCAUAUAAUUAAUCCUCAUAGAGAAUUGGAAGACAUAGUAGCACAGUUUUAUUCAUGGGAGAAGCAUGGUAAAAGUUCAAAUGUAGUGCAAACAUAAGAUGAAAACAUUGCAUCCAAAUGUGACUGGUUCAUUUACAAUUGAAAUGGAGAUUCUAUGUAUAAUUAUAGGCAGUGGAAUUACUGAUGUCCCCAGCAUUCUGAGAACUCUUCAAGGGUGGGAAGUCUGCUUAUAGCAGACAUUCCUAUUGAAGGUGAGAGAGAGAGAAACCAAACCAUGUUCAUGUUACUUUUUUAUGACAUCAUUUGAACAAGAACAGACACUCUCAGUUCAUAAUUGUAUCUGUUGGUUAUAGGAUUUUGUGAAUUAUGGGAUAUUAGACAUAAACAGCCAGUAAAAUCUGCUGGACAAGAUUUGUUGAUCUGCAGUGACUGCUCUUAAUAUACAGGAACAUGAAAUACACACAUGUGUCAUAUUGAAAAUCCAACAUACAAUAUGAGGCAACUUAAAUGGCUAAAAUAUAGGAAUUGAGGAUGUUCACUAAUUUGUGUUCGGAAUACUAUGUUGAGCGUAUAGAAAUCUAUGUGUGAUCAAUGUCAUACAAGUUGCUUGCAAAGAUAUGGCAUGCACUUAAAGAAUAACUUGCAUUACAUUUUAUUUGUAUAUAUUUAUAUAUUUAUAAAACAUUUCUACAGAGAUUGUAACAUUUAAAAAGAGGAUAUUUUUUUUAUUCCGUGGGAUGAAAGGCGUGUUUUAAAGAAGGCUGUCAUUCUUCUGAAAGUACAUGCGUUUCUGCAGGGCAUAUCUGGAUAAUUUAUUUCUAUAGUGAGAGAGUAUAUAAAUAAACACACAUUAUUGUUAUGGUAUAGGGGCGGAACAUUUUUUGUAAAAUGUGAAAGCAAACUAGAUUAAACCAAAUACAUUGUUGUGCUUAUCAGGGGAGGCAUGAUACUGAAUGAACGCAUGACUGAUUCUUUUUCCACUUCCUCCUGUCAUCGCUGUGGUCUGCUAUGCAUUUCCUGGAGAGGCUGUUAGGACCUGCUGCCCCUUCCACCAACUGGAGUGCACCUCACUUCGGCCCACCCUUAGUCGAUGCGGACUUUGUGACUGUGUUCUCUCUGGGAAGAAAAACCCAUUGUCAAUGACGUGUUGGGGAAACAAUGUCCACAUCUUUGGACAUCAUUUGCACUUGGCACUUAUGUUAGUCUUUAUACUUUGUUUUUCCUUUAACAUGUUAAUUACAGAAUCAUUUCAA